AUGCCCUCGUGGCUGCUACCAUCAGUGCUGCCGGUAUUUAUACUGUUUUUCCUCUUUGGCCUCAUCAAUAAUGUCCUAUACGUGAUCAUUCUUUCAGCAGCCGUCGAUCUCGUCGGUGCACGGACUCCCAAGGCAGCGGUGUUACUCGCCAAUAUCCUCCCCAGCUUUACGGUAAAAGUGGCAGCACCGUUUUUCAUUCACAAAAUUGCCUAUGGUCAACGUAUGGUGGUGUUGGUAGCAUUGCUGACGGCGGGGAUGCUUUUGGUGUCGCUUCCACCGCUGAUACCGCCCAAGAUUGCUGGUAUCAUGUUAGCCAGUGUAUCACUGGGAGCGGGUGAAGUGACGUUUCUACAGUUGACUCACUUUUAUCUGGGGACACUGGCCGUGGGAGGUUUCUCUCUGGGGACCGGGGGUGCGGGCAUCGUCGGCAGUUUCUACUACUUGUUCCUCACCAAUAUCUGUCGUUUCGCUAGCUGGAAGGUAUUAUUGGUGUCGUCAGCAAUGCCACUCGUGAUCUUGGUAGUGUACCAUCGGCUUUUGCCGCCUCAGGAGCCUAGAGAGUCUCUGGGAGAUGAGAUACCGGCAUGGGCCACCACCGAUGCUGGAGCUCACAUCAAGGAUACUCUCAACAAGAUCAAGCCGUUGGUGAAGCCGUACAUGCUCCCCUUGACGUCAGUUUACUUAUUUGAGUACGUGAUUAACCAGGGGAUCUCCCCCACCUUACUCUACCCGCUCGACCAAGUACCCCAGUGGCUCAUCCGCACCUACCGCGACACCUACGUCGUCUACGGGUUUCUCUACCAACUCGGUGUGUUUAUUUCACGACUGUCGAUCAAUUUUGGCGUGCGGAUCCGCCACCUCGAAGUGAUGGCGAUCCUCCAAGGGUUGAACGUCGUCUUCUGUGUAAUCCAGCUGAUGCUGUUCAAAUUCCCUUUCCCAUCCAUCUGGAUGCUAUUCCCCGUGAUGGUGUAUGAAGGUCUUCUAGGAGGGUUCGCCUACAUCAACACCUUCGUCGCCGUGAGCGAGGCCAGCACCGACGACACUCGCGAGUUCAACAUGGGCGCCGUGAGCAUGAGCGACAGCUUGGGCAUCGUCAUUGCUGGUAUUGUCAACUGGGCGGUGGAGACGCGGUUGUGUCGGUGGCAGGUCGACCACGGGCGGCUGUGGUGCCAACAGGGGUAA